CUAUAAACCUGUAUAAACCUAACCUUUCAUUAAUCUCUGUUUAUUAACUCCCUAAUGUCAAUUAUUAUUUUAUCAUUAGUAUCUGUUAUUAAAUAAUAAAUUAAUACCACAACACAGGCAACUAGGAAAAUUUAACAAAGAAAAUUUGAUUGUAAUGGAUUUAAUAAAUGAUAAGAUUAAUAUUAAAAUAAAUUAAAUGAAAAAAAUGAAUCUUCGUAAACGAAAUGAUGAAGGUUAUGUGGAAAAAAAAGAAACAAUAAAAUCGGAUAAACUCAAGUUUCCUGUAAGUGAAGGCCAUUUGAUAAAAAAAGAUGGACACGAUCCAAAAAUUUCUCGCCAAAAAACAUCGGAUAACAAUCAAAAUCUCAAGGACACGAAAAAAAAAUUAUUAAAAACUCCAGUAGAUUUGGAAUCAAUGAAAGAUGAAUUGCAGCAAUUAGAAGAUCCUCCAUUAACUAACAUUGAAAAACAGCUUUGUUUAAAAAGAUUAAAUUAUGAUUUUUAUGAUACCGAUUGUGAAAAACUAGCUGUCAAUCUUCUUGGAAAAAUUCUUGUUCGUCACUUGGAUGAUGGAACAAUUCUCAAAGGUAGAAUUGUUGAAACUGAAAGUUACUUGGGUGAAAUUGACAAAGCUUCAAUGACUUAUCAAAAUCGUGUAACACCACGUAAUAUUCCAAUGUACAUGCCACCCGGAACAAUAUUUGUUUAUCUCACAUAUGGAAUGUAUCAUUGUUUCAACAUUUCCAGCAAAGGCAAAGGUUCAUCAGUAUUUCUUCGAGCAAUUGAGCCACUUGAAGGUAUAGAAAAAAUAACAUUAAAUCGUCAAUCGAAAAAAAAAAUAACUACAAAUUCAAAGCCAUUAAAAAUUCAUGAAUUAACAAAUGGUCCAGCAAAACUUUGUAUGGCAUUUGAUAUCCAAAAAAAACAUACAAAAUAUUCACUGUGUUCAUGGAAAGGUAUGUGGAUUGAAAAUCCACCGAUCAUUGAAAAUUAUAAAAUUAUUAAAUGCCCAAGAAUUGGUAUUGACAGUGUUGGAACAGAGUGGGCUAGUAAAAAUUUACGUUUCUAUAUUGCUGGUAAUUGUUCAAUGAUACCGAUUUUACUAGUCGAAAAAUUUCCAUCAUCAACUGCAGUAAAGGUAAGUUUCGAAAUUUUUUUCCAAUCAAUUUUAUUUCGAUUUUCAGACAAUCGAAAUAAAAUUUUUUAGUCGACAUUUAUUUUCACCUGGGGUAAUACAGUGCUAGUGUUAUUAUUGAUAUAAAUAUAUUUCCACACUUUAAGUGAUAUCACACUUUUAAUUUUUAAAUUCGCAUAAAAGUACAUAAUUA